AUACGCUAGUAUUAUUCCAUCCAUUGGUCAGACAUAACUUAAGUUUCCGGUGAACCUUAAACCUCAAAAACCCUUUCUCUCAUUUCGUGAUGGCUGAAACGCCGGCAUCUCCUAUCAACGGAUCUGUUUCUGCUCCGCUUCUCCUGUCCGAUUCGGCGGCCAAAGACGUGAUGAUCACUUGGUUUCGCGGCGAGUUUGCGGCGGCUAACGCCAUAAUCGACGAGCUAUGCGGCCACUUAAUGCAGGUGAGCGAAUCAGCGGGGGAGGAAUACGAGGGCGUGAUGGCGGCGAUUCAUAGGCGGAGGAUGAACUGGAUCCCAUUGCUCCAGAUGCAGAAAUACCAUCCUAUCUCUCAAGUUACGCACCAGCUGCAAACCGCGACGGCGGCCAAGAUCAACAACAACAACAACAACAACAACAAACUCAUCAUGAUCGAUCCUGUAGAUUCAAUGCUCGACGAUGAUUCUCCUACUAGCGAUAUCACUGAUUCCGGAUCUCGAGAAGAAGAGCGUGUGGAGGAGGAAGCCAUGACAAUAUGUUGCAAGCACGAAGAAGAAGAAUGUGAAUCUCGAGCUUCUUCACUCAUCAAGCAGUCCAAGCGUUUCUCGGCCAAGGAACAUGUUCGAGGACAUACGCAGACAAAUGUCGUCAAAGGCCUAAAACUGUACGAACAUGUGUUCACUGGAACUCAACUCUCCAAGCUUUCGGAUUAUGUGAAUAGACUCCGGGAGGCUGGUCGGAAUCAGGAACUUCCAGGGGAGACGUUUGUUCUGUUCAACAAGAACACGAAAGGGACCAAAAGAGAGCUUAUUCAGCUUGGAGUUCCAAUUUUUGGGAACACCACAGAUGAACACUCAGUGGCACCUAUCCCAACCAUUCUUGAAAGUGUGAUUGAUCAUCUUCUUCAGUGGCGUUUGAUUCCUGAAUACAAACGACCCAAUGGCUGUGUGAUCAACUUCUUUGAUGAGGAGGAACACUCCCAACCAUUCCAGAAACCACCUCACGUGGAUCAACCCAUAUCCACUCUGGUCUUGUCUGAAUCAAACAUGGUUUUUGGACACCGAUUUGGGGUCGAUACUGAUGGCACCUUCAGGGGCUCACUCACUCUCCCACUAAAGGAAGGGUCGUUGCUGGUGAUGAGAGGUAACAGCGCUAAUAUGGCUAGGCAUGUAAUGUGUCCAUCGCUAAACAAAAGAGUCGCAAUCACUUUCUUUAAACUCAAACCAGACUCCAGUUGUAAGGCCCAACCGCCACUAACCAUGAACCAUGUCACCCUGUGGCGGCAAGGCACUCCAGCUCCCCCGGUUUUAAACCCAUUCAGCAUGGUCAGAGCUCCGUUGGUGAUGCUAGCUCCGGCUCCCAAGAGGCUAGACGCUGGCACUGGAGUUUUCUUGCCGUGGACACCUCCGCCAGUGUCAAGAAAACCAACAAAGCAUCUCCCACCGCGCGUCCAGAGGUUGCGUCUCCUAUCAUCAGCUGCAAAGUCGGUGGCUGAUCGUGAAGCCUCGUCAUCACCGGAGAUCGGAGUGAUCUGAGUCGGAAAGUGUCACACACGUUAUCUACGAAGUCAGCAGAGUUUUUUUUCUUUCUUUUGGGAUUUCCUUGAUAUCGUAUACUUCAAGUUUGGUGUUUUUUUCUUGUUCAUUCCUAACCUUUUCUUUCGUUUACCUAAUUUUACUACAUUAUUAUGCUA